AUGGAACGAGUCGCCAAAAGUAAAAUUUACACAAAGACCGGAGAUCGUGGCGCUACUAGUCUUUACACAGGCGAGCGGCUCAGUAAAACCAACCCAGUUUUUGACGCUUUAGGAAAUACUGAUGAGCUAAACUCAAGUUUGGGAUUAGCAGCCGCUGCAUGCUCGGAAGAUUCUCAAAUAAUGAAUAUAAUUUUUACAAUCCAAAAUAGAUUAAUGGAUAUCGGCGCUUGUAUAGCAACUUUUCAAUCAUCUGAAGAUACAGAUAAGCUUUUAAAAACGAGAUUUGAUCCUUCCCAUAUCUCUGUUUUGGAGAACUGGAUUGAUAUUUUAGAUGCUGCUCUACCGAAAUUAACAAAUUUCAUAUUGCCAUCAGGAGGGGAAGCAAGCUCAAGAUUACACAUGUCAAGGUCUAUAUGCAGAAGAGCAGAAAGAAGCUUAGUCCUCCUUAAUUGGAACAAAAUGUUGAUAAAAUUUCCAUUUUUGGGAAAUUAAUAUUUAAAUUAGAACAAAGCUUUAUAAAAAUAAUAAUUUUUUUAUAGUAGUUUUUUGAUGGGCAAUUUAAUGUCGCCAAAUCAAAUUUAACUAAAAAUUGUAUUAUUGUAAAAGAGAAUUGGAGUUAAAUGCUGCUUUAAUAAAGUUAUGACUUGGAUAGAUAAAUCUUAUUCAUACAGUUUUUUUUUUAUCCAAUUUAAACGAAGGUAAGUUAGCUGCUUUGCUUGAAAGGCAGGAAAUCGAUGAAAAUGUUUUUGUUUACAUUAAUAGGCUUAGUGAUUUAUUAUUUGUUAUGGCCAGGACCAUGGCAUAUAGGCAAGGAAAGGGAGAAGUUAUUUAUCAAAAACAAUAA